AUGUCUCUCCCAAUCGUCAUCUGCGCCCUAGACGACCAAAUCGGCAAACCAGUCUCCGAGCUUCUCCAACCCGAGUUCGAAGUAAUCCACUUCAUCCAAUCCCUCAAAGCCGCCCAAUCAGAGAUCCCCCACAUCCUAGCCGGCCACGAUCCCCAAUCCCCAUCCAACAACAUCGGCACAAAAAACUAUACUCACCAGGCACGGGCGAUCAUCUUCGGUCGCGGCUUCGAUCUAGAAGAUAUUCAAGACAUCCGAGAAAAGGCCGGUGCGUCACCUGAUCCGGUUGUUUGGAUUGCUGGGGACCCGAGCCGAAAACCGGCUCCUGGUGCGGUUCUUCCUCCUAAUUAUCCUCAGCUUGUUGCUGGGGUUGCGCGGAGGCUGCUUGGUCAGUGGUUGGAGGAUGGGGGUGUGGAAGAUGUGGUUGUUUUGUAUUGA